GAGCCAACUGCCAUAUGCAAAACUUUAAACAAACUCAACUGAAAAACGCCAAAUUUCCGUCCAGAAGAAGGGUACUUUACCUUUAAAAGAAGACUGAAAACUAGGAGAGAUGAAAAAAAUUAGAUGAAAAAUUAGAAAAAAUAGAGAGGGUUAGGGAGAGAAUUGAUGAUCUGACGGCCGGACCUCCCCCUAGAACAACAUUGAGAAACGAUUGCCAGAGAAAAGCCGGAGCAUUUGGUUUAUGAGAGAGAAAUUAACAAGAUUAGUUAGAAUGGUGUAUGCUGUAUAAUACAUUAUUUUUGUGUAUGGUGUAUAUUAUAGUUUUAUACAGGGGACAAUUUCGUCUAUGUACAACUUUCAUUUUUCGUUUACUUUAGCGCUGAGACGGCGUGGGCCCUUGUCUACUCACCCUAACGAGCAACUGAAGGGUAAGAGAUUUGUCCUCCGACUCAGCACCAUCUCUCUCUCCCGUGUUUCCCAUCCUCUAUAAAUAACUCUCCUUUUGCCAUUCUGCAAACUCCCUGCCUCGAUUUCCGAUAUUACAUAAACAAACCACUUUCCUAACUCUCUUUACAAAACUCAGUCGUUUCAGCUCCUCUAUUCAUCUUCAUCUUUGCCAAUGGAUUCUAGCACCAAUUUCAGCUCUCCUUUUGACUGCCUCAUCUUCGAUUUAGAUGACACUCUGUAUUCUUCCAAGUUGGGAAUAGCUGAAGCUUUAAGGAAGAACAUUGACGACUUUCUUGUUGAGAAAUGUGGAUUUCCAGAGAACAAAGCUUCCAGACUCCGAGUUGAGCUCUUUAAAACUUAUGGCAGCUCUCUCGCUGGUUUGAGGGCGUUAGGCUAUGAUAUCGAUGCUGAUGAUUACCACAGUUUCGUGCACGGAAGAUUGCCUUACGAUUUGAUCAAGCCAGACAGUCAAUUACGCAACCUUUUGCGAAGCAUCACGCAAAGAAAAAUUAUUUUCACCAAUUCCGAUAGAAUGCACGCAAUUAAGGUCCUAAAAAGGUUAGGAUUAGAAGACUGCUUCGAUCAAAUCAUAUGCUUUGAGACAAUGAAUCCAAAUCUGUCCAAAUCGACGAGCCCUGAUGAGUUCCCUGUUCUUCUUAAACCUUCAAUGGAUGCCAUAAAGAUUGCUGUCCACGCUGCCGAUGUCGACCCUCGCCGCACGCUGUUCCUGGACGAUAACGCGCGCAAUGUGGCAGCAGGGAAAGCUGUGGGGCUUCGUACUGUUCUGGUUGGGAAAACGGUGAAGAGCAAAGAAGCAGAUUACGUGAUGGAGAAUGUAAACAAGCUGGCACAAGUAAUUCCAGAAAUUUGGGUGAUUGGAAAGAACAAUGGUGAUCAAAGCAUCAACCGCACCAGGAGUGAAUUAGAUUCCAUCCUGGAAACCACGCCCGUUGGAGCCUAAACCACGUCCCAAUCAAGACUUCUUCCUUCCAUCGCGUACAAUUGUAAAUGAACCCAGUUCCAAACUCCAUGUGGGUUCCAUCCAAUGUGCAGAUGUGUUUAUGUAAAUGGUAUGUUCAUAAAAUAAAAUUAGCAAUUUUCCAUCCGAAAAUUGUUCCUGUGAUCCUCAAGUAGUAAUUUUCACAUCAAUAAUGUUCAUCGUCUCCCUUUUUCUA